UGUUUAAAUUAUUAACGAAAGGGGUGGCUAAUUUUUAAGAGAUUUUCUCGUGGGUUACUCCCUUCCCGCUGCCGCGAGUACCGAGCAGCGUUCGAGCAUCACCGCUGCGCCCGCCCAAAACGAACACGCUUCAACAGCACCCCAGCUCAUUCUGCAGACUUCGGCAGCUCAAUCGCUUCAAAUCUCAGUGUAGAAGAAAAAGACACAUCGAAGAAACUCCAUAUAGUAGUAGAGUAGAAGAAGAAGAAGAAGAAGCAGCAGCUAGAUCUCGCAACACAUCCUUUCAGACAUGAGGAGGCCUGGGCAUCACCUUCAUCAUCACCAUCAUCGGCAAAAGCAAUUUGGAGUAAUACGAGCGCUGCUGGGGAGGUCCAUGAUCGUCGUCGUUGUUAUCUUGAUCUGUUCCAUCUCGCUCUUUGCGACACUUAAAGGGAAUAACCGACCUGCGUCUCCAUCUAAGAUUGAUUUAGAAGAGAUUUGGGGGUCUGCUUCUUCCAGGGGUUGGAGGCCAUCAUCUGCGCCACGAUCUGAUUGGCCCCCUCCUCCUAAUGAGAGCAAUGGCUAUCUGCGUGUUCGAUGUAAUGGUGGUCUGAAUCAGCAACGCACUGCGAUUUGUAAUGCGGUCCUUGCUGCACGAAUCAUGAAUGCUACACUCGUGCUGCCUGAGUUGGAUGCAAACUCCUUCUGGCAUGAUGACAGUGGCUUUCAGGGUAUCUAUGAUGUUGAGUAUUUCAUCAUGUCACUGAGGUACGAUGUCCGUAUUGUGGAAACAAUUCCAGAAAUUCGUAAAAAUGGAAAAACUAAGAAGAUAAAAGCUUUUCAGCUUCGCCCCCCUAGAGACGCUCCUAUUAGUUGGUACACAACAGUUGCUCUGAAGAAGAUGAAGGAACAUGGUGCUAUCUAUCUCACUCCCUUUUCGCAUCGUCUCGCUGAAGAAGUUGACAAUCCUGAAUACCAACGUUUGAGAUGCAGAGUUAAUUAUCAUGCCCUCAGAUUUAAGCCACAUAUUAUAAAGUUAAGCCACUCCAUAGUCAAUAAACUUCGUUCUCAAGGUCGUCAUUUCAUGGCAAUACAUCUUCGUUUCGAGAUGGACAUGCUGGCCUUUGCUGGGUGCUUAGAUAUAUUUACCCCUGAAGAGCAAAAGAUAUUGAGGAAGUAUCGGAAAGAAAAUUUUGCAGACAAAAACCUUAUAUAUAGCAAAAGAAGAGCCAUAGGAAAAUGCCCAUUAACUCCAGAAGAGGUUGGUCUUAUUUUACGUGCAAUGGGGUUUGACAAUUCCACCAGGAUAUACCUUGCAGCUGGUGAACUUUUUGGUGGUGAGCGAUUUAUGAAACCUUUCCGGUCAUUAUUCCCUCGCCUUGAGAACCAUAGCACUGUGGACCCUACUGGUGAGCUAGUAGAGAACACACGGGGCUUGCUAGGCUCUGCUGUGGAUUACAUGGUUUGUCUCCUUUCUGACAUUUUCAUGCCAACAUAUGAUGGCCCAAGUAACUUUGCCAACAAUCUCCUCGGGCACCGACUAUACUAUGGCUUUCGAACUACAAUCAAACCCGACAGGAAAGCUCUUGCCCCGAUCUUCAUUGAUAGAGAAAAUGGACAGAUAGCUGGUUUUGAAGAAGCUGUUAGGCGUGUAAUGCUCAAAACAAACUUUGGUGGGCCCCAAAAACGGGUCCAACCAGAGUCUUUCUACACUAAUUCGUGGCCCGAGUGUUUCUGUCAAUUAUCACCAGAUAAUCCUGCUGAUAGAUGCCCACCAGAUAAUGUUUUGGAUAUUCUAGAGAGGCAGUUAGAGAAACAAGCAAUCAACGUUUCAGAAUCCUUGAUGCCAUCAAAUUUGACAUUGUCCCAGGCAAAAAACUGAGAAUUUGCCACAAGUUUAUAGAUGGUCAUUAUUCUACUUCUCUGGCAAUGCAACUGUACGCUUCAAAUUGGAUAAGAGAGUUUGUCAUCCAAUUCACUUUCAGGUAUCUUUUUCUGGAAUUUGCAUCCUCUGUGGAACUUAGGGUGAUGAAACUUAUGAACUUGUAGGGGUAUUUGUGUGAGAUAUGACAUGGCAUGCCAUAGAAGAGAGUAAAAUGUGAAGGAUGGGAUUGAAAAGGCUGAAAUUGAAAUUUCAAGAAGGAUUUUAUGAAAAAAGCUGGAGCCAUUCCUGAAUCUACUCUAGCCAUGAUAACUGUUCUCGUCUUAUCGAUAACUUCCUCUGCCUUUUGCGUCAUCAUUCAAAUGGAUGAAACAAAACUACACUGAUCUCUCCUUUGUUUUCUUGAAACAACAAUACCUCCCUCAACUUUGACAAAAUACCAGGGAGUUGCCUGUUGCGGGCAUUCAAUAAAAGUGUCUUUUAUUUUUUCUUUCUUAUUUUUGUGUAAAAUAAAAGGUCGCGUCAUUUUCUAGGCUAUCCCAAGUGAUAUUUAAAUGAUGUAGAGAGAGAGCCUUACAGCGAUUCCACCCUCCCUGCCCCCCAUGGCCCCACUGCAUGGUGGCAAAUCACCUCAACAAUUUCCAUUCCCCACCCCGCACCCCCCCAACUCAGCACAACCAAUUUACCAUCAUCAGCGUAGUGGCAACUCUCACACAAUCACCAAUCUUGAGAUCAUCACCCAAUUUAUCAUCAUCAUUGCCCCACCACCCUAUAGUUCUCCAUCUUCUGUGUCAGUUCCAUUAUUUUCUUAUUUCCAUUUUCUUCAUUCCUAUUUUUCUUGUGCUUCAUAGCACAUCACUUUUUUCCUCAUCUACAGGCCUCCAAGUACCUUUGGAGCAACCAGAGCUGUAUUUUUCUGAAGCAAUUUUGCUGGCUGAAUUACUGUUGGGUGCACUGCUGCUAAUCUAGAUCAUAUUAACCUUCUAGAGAUUUAAAAUUUGUUCAGAUUCUCAGUUGUCUUGAAUUAUCUUUACCUUGAACUCUUUACUACCCAUUAGAUCUGUGCCAGGCUAUAUAGCUCACUGCUGCUUUUCCAUGUUUGGAAAAUUGAUUUUAGGCCUGUUGCCUAAACAAAUUUGCAACAAAGAAAAGGUUCCUUUGACACCCGCACGGGUGUGUGUGUGCGUGUGUGUUUUCCUCUUCUUGUUAAUUGAAAUGAUGGGUAUUUCAGUAGAUCUGAUCAUUGCGUGGCUGUAGAUUACAGAUGCAUUGCUGGGAGAUUGAUCAAGCGGCUGUGUUCAUGAUGUCGAGGAUUGAGCCUUGCCGGGGCAUCUUUUGAGAUGAGGGGUCAAAUUGUGUUUCGAAUUGGAAUUGGAUGCAUGGCUGAAGCAUGGGUGCAUGACCCCGUUUCUAGGUUUAUGUAGUGCAAUGAAUUUAAUUUGUCCACAUUAGACUUCGCUUGGGUAUUGUCACAGUGAGUCAGUUUGCUUCAAGGCGCCUCUGUAAAAAGUAGUAUCGAUAUAUGCACCUUUACAACAGUCCUGCCUGCUCCUGGUAUAAAAAAAUCUUACCUUCACCUAUUAUAGUGCCUUUCAUUUCUCUGAAACCAGUUGGAAAAACAUCAUGUUUACAAUUGUAUAAUUUUAAGCCUUUAAUUGAUGGAAAGAUUAAGGGCUUGUUCAGUGUGAUGAAUAGUUUUAUGAUUUUUUAGUUGGUUUUCCAGAUAAUCAUAAAAAUACUGGAUUGUUUAA